AGCGAGCCGAGGCGAGGAGUGGUGCAGCCCACCUUGGCUGAGUAUUGAAUGAAAAGGACGGGCCACCAGAUGAGAUUCCUUAUCUCGAGCAUUUAAUUUGUGCUCGGACUUGAUAAUUCGGCCGAAUUUGCCGAGAUCGUUUGCAUCGAGCGACGCGAGCGUCACUCGGCCUCACUCGGAGCCGUCUGCAGGAUCGGCCGGAGCUCGAGUUCGGACAGCAGCUGUCGCCAAGUACUCUAGCGCCUACUUGCUCGUAACCUGAACCAAUGGAAGGCUCGACGCCGCGAAUAAUGUCCAAGAAGCAAUCUGGGAUGACGGCUUCGCAGAGCUCGAUCGCCAACGCAAUUUCACAAGUGGGCCUGGAGCCCCCUGGAAGUGUCACUCCCAACAUAACGCAAAGGGAGCGGGAAGAACGUGGCCGGAUCAUGAGGGAAAAACAAAUCGAGGAAAGAGCCAGGAAGCUGGAGGAACUCAAGCAGCAGGCGAUUGCAGCUCAAAAAUACCGCGAACAGAAGGAGUUCGAGCGGCGCCAACGCAUCGAUGAGAUGCGCAGCAAGGACUCGGAAAGGAGAAAUCAGGUGGAGGAGCGGAAGCGGCAGUUGUGGGAGGCCGAGCAGGAGAAACGAGAGACCAUCCUCAAAAAAGCACAGGAAAGGGAAGCCCGCUUCCAGGCGAAAAGACGAAACGAACGUAGCUCUAUUGUUUUUGCCUUCGGUAGUUCAACGCCCAGGAUGCUUGAACCAGUUAGUUCCACCUCGUUUUGGGGCCGCAGCUGUUUCGAAUUGCGGGCGGCCUCGACGAUCAACGUAGGCUACUCUGGUGCACCCCUGACACGCAGAAUGUCAGAACGAGAGCUCAACGUUGACAGUAACUACAAGAAGCAGCGAGCGACCUCGGCUCACGCGCUGCACCGCAAACCUGAAGACAGUGAUGCAGACAAAACUGACGAGGGUGAGAGACAAACAGUUGAUCACUUUGCUUUUACUCCGUUCUCUCCGCACGUACGCAAAAUGAAAACCGAUUUGACCCCGACACUCCCUUCACCGUCGCGAGAGACCGGCAGACCUUUCUGCUUACGUUCUGCAGGUUCGUCGUCGGUGCCUUUGUCUCGGCCCCAAAGUGCCAUAAGCAAUGCGAGUGAAGACAAGCAUCCAAACGUCAUCCACAGACCUAGACCCUCUAUCAAACCAAGGCCUAACAGUAUUGCUGUGUCCGGAAUCAAUUUGUCUAUUGCUGUGUCUAAAGAGUUGAAGAACAUAGACGGCAAAAGUCCAGAACCCAAGACCCCAACGUCUACUUCGCGAAGUAGUUCCAUCACGAGGUCAACUCAGAAGUCAACUAUAAAGAAAACAAACCCACCAACAUCCAAACGUGAUGCACCAUCAGUCCCCACGACACCUUCUGAAACAAAGAAGCCUUUGCCAGGAAGCAAGCCGCCCAAAUCCGCGCAGAAGACUGCAAAGAAGGCAGAGGACCCUCCAAGCGACGUUUCGGAAGAGAAAGAAGCGGCACCUGAAGCUGAGGAAGUGCAACCAAUCAAAAGUUUCCCCGAAGCCGAACAGCAGCAGCAACAACAGCAGCAAGAGCAGGAGUUGGAGGAGCAGGAAGAAAAGAGCGAGGCGGAGGAGCCGAAGACGCCCAAAGCAGAGUCGCCGGCACCUGCUCCUGUCCCUGCCGAAACGGAGAACAAUAAGGAGGAAUUACCUGAAUGUGAUAUGACCUCUUCCUUCACUAGCAAGAGGAUUUCAAGUGAGGAAGAGGCAAAGGCAGCUCUCACUGAACGGAGAAGAAUAAUGCGGGAGCAGCAGGAAAGAGAAGCACAGUUGGCAGAAGAAAUGAGGAAACUUCAGCUGCAGAAAGAGGAGGAGGAGAAGCGCAAAAGAGAAGAAGAGGUGCGUGCCAGGCGAGAGGAGUACCGGAGAAAGGAGGAGCUGCGGAGACAGGAAGAGCUGAGGCGGCAGGAGGAGGAGGAGAGGCUGCUGAAGGAGCAGCAGGAGCGAGAGGCCGAGGAGCGCAGAAAGGAAGAGGAAGAAAGACUAGCCAUGGAAAAAGAGCUGGAGCGGAAAGCGCUUGAGGAGGCUGAACGGCAACGCCAAGAGAUUGCUGAGCGGCUGAGAAAGGAAGAGGAGGAGCGUGAGGAGAGGAGGAAGAGGGUGGCGAUGAUCAUGUCCAGGACCAGAAAUAAGGAAAAGGCAAACAAUGCACCCGUCAUUUCAAAUAAGGAUGAAGCUGAGGAGACUGAGGGGAGAGUCAGCCCUAGUGAUAAUGUAGAGAGUGCUAAAACAAUUAGUAAUAUUAAAGACGCGUUGGAUAAAUCAGUUUGCCAGCCCACCUCCGACAUCAUUAUGGAGGACGUGAUGCUAGUUAAUACUACCUCUCAAGAAACAAAUGGUCACAACAACAAGAAUGAAUGACAAUAACGCGCACCUGCUCAUUCAGUUGUGUGAGUAUACAACAUAAAUACAUUUGCCUCGAUCCUGUACAGAUUCGCAAACGUAACACAUAUAUAUGAUUUGCAAAUGUUGUUAUCGGCAUAAAAACACUCGUGCUGUUCGCUGUUAUUUAAAUCCUGCUACACUGUAAUAACAAAGUUAUCACACGAUUCACCGCUAAAAACAACUUACGACAAAAUAACUACGUGCGUAUUAGAUUAAAAUAUAUUUCCAAAUUAAUAAUUCUCAUUUAGAUUUAAUUUGCAUAAAUUGUCAAAGUAAACUGUUAUCUAAACGACGGAGGUUAAAUUUUGGAAAAUGUAAGAGUUUUAUUACUGUGAAGUAAAAAUUGCUUCAAUUAUUAAUGUUAUGAGUAUGCAUCAUUAUUUCAAAUAUAAAUGUAUCAAAGUAUGUGGGUACAAA